AUGUGGAGUUUUUCCUCAGGCCCCAAUGUUCCAGCCAUUCGUACAAAAGUAUGGUCGAAUGUUUCAUAUUUUACGGUAUUGGGUUGCAAGCAUUAUUCCCGUUCCGUGCAACCUUCUUCCGCAGUACGCGUACGUUUCGCUCCAAGUCCGACAGGAGGUCUUCACCUUGGAGGUUUGAGGACUGCGUUAUUUAAUUUUCUGUUGGCAAAGAGAACGGGGGGUACUUUUAUUUUGAGAAUUGAGGACACGGAUAAAGCUCGAUGUAUUCCUGGUGCUGUGGAAAAUAUGAUAUCCACUUUAUCUUGGGCUGGCUUGGACUACGACGAGGGUCCUGGUAAGAACAUGCAUUACGGUUCCUGUUACCAGUCCGAAAGGAUAGAGAUAUAUAAGUAUUACGUCGACCGACUUCUUAAGGAAGGAAAUGCUUACAGAUGCUUUUGCUCUCCCGAGAGACUUCUUCAAGUGAGAACACUUGCUCAAAAAAACGGCAAAGGAGUUGCAUACGAUCGCCAUUGUCUGUACCUGAGCCAAAGCGAAAUUGACGAAAACUUAUCACAGGGU